GAGGGGGAGGAGGGGAGGAACCUGAUCUCUCCGGUAGCGAAGGGCUGGAGGCUAACACCGAGCUCCCCCGAGCCUCCCUGGAGCAGGGAGGGCUCCGCUACCUCGGGGGGCCCUCCCCGCGGGCAGAUGAAGCCAGUGUCCAGGCCCUGGGAGCCGAGUCUGGGGCCACCCAAGCACUCCAUCCUCUUGACUCUCCAUAAACGAUUGGACUCAUAACACAGUCCAUACUUGAGAACAUGGGGCUUGGAAUAAGAAUAGGAAGGAGAGGACGGAGAAGGUCGGUUUCCCUCUCCUAGAUGCUCUGUAAUUGGAGGAAGAUUCCUGGCAGAGAUGUAGAGAUGCAAGUAGCAGAGAAGACAGGACCAAACCAAACCUGAGCAGAAUGCCUUGGAAUAUUUUAGUGGAUAAACCAAAUGACCAAUCUUCAAGGUGGUCUUCAGAGAGCAACUAUCCUCCCCAGUACUUGGUUCUGAAGCUUGAAAGGCCUGCUAUAGUCCAGAAUAUCACAUUUGGAAAAUACGAGAAAACGCAUGUCUGUAAUUUGAAGAAAUUUAAAGUCUUUGGUGGAAUGAAUGAAGAAAAUAUGACAGAGCUAUUGUCCAGUGGCUUAAAGAAUGAUUAUAACAAAGAAACAUUCACCUUGAAGCAUAAAAUUGAUGAACAGAUGUUUCCUUGUCGAUUCAUCAAAAUAGUUCCACUCUUAUCCUGGGGACCCAGCUUUAACUUUAGCAUCUGGUAUGUUGAACUUAGUGGCAUUGAUGAUCCCGAUGUAGUACAACCUUGUCUCAACUGGUACAGCAAGUACCGUGAACAGGAAGCCAUUCGUCUUUGCCUAAAACACUUUAGACAGCACAAUUAUACAGAAGCCUUUGAAUCACUACAAAAGAAAACCAAGAUUGCCCUGGAACAUCCUAUGUUAACAGAUCUGCAUGAUAAACUGGUGUUGAAGGGUGAUUUUGAUGCUUGUGAAGAGCUGAUUGAAAAAGCUGUAAAUGAUGGAUUGUUCAAUCAGUACAUCAGUCAACAGGAAUAUAAGCCACGAUGGAGUCAGAUCAUUCCAAAAAGCACCAAAGGUGAUGGAGAAGAUAACCGACCAGGAAUGAGAGGAGGCCAUCAGAUGGUUAUUGAUGUUCAAACAGAGACCGUUUAUUUGUUUGGUGGCUGGGAUGGAACACAAGAUCUUGCUGACUUCUGGGCGUACAGUGUGAAGGAGAACCAGUGGACAUGUAUCUCUAGAGACACUGAGAAAGAGAAUGGUCCCAGUGCCAGAUCAUGUCAUAAAAUGUGCAUUGACAUUCAACGAAGGCAAAUCUACACAUUGGGCCGUUAUUUGGAUUCCUCUGUGAGGAACAGCAAAUCUCUGAAAAGUGACUUUUAUCGUUAUGACAUUGACACUAACACAUGGAUGUUACUCAGUGAGGAUACUGCUGCUGAUGGAGGGCCGAAAUUGGUGUUUGAUCAUCAGAUGUGUAUGGACUCAGAAAAACAUAUGAUCUACACCUUUGGGGGUAGAAUUUUGACUUGUAAUGGCAGUGUAGACGACAGCAGAGCCAGUGAACCACAAUUCAGUGGGUUGUUUGCUUUCAACUGUCAAUGUCAAACCUGGAAACUUCUUCGAGAGGACUCCUGCAAUGCCGGGCCUGAGGAUAUCCAGUCUCGGAUAGGACACUGCAUGCUAUUUCACUCAAAAAAUCGUUGCUUGUAUGUAUUUGGUGGCCAGCGAUCGAAGACCUAUUUGAAUGAUUUCUUUAGUUAUGAUGUGGACUCUGAUCAUGUAGACAUAAUAUCAGAUGGCACCAAGAAAGACUCUGGAAUGGUUCCAAUGACAGGAUUCACACAGAGAGCAACCAUUGAUCCAGAACUGAAUGAAAUACAUGUCUUAUCUGGACUCAGCAAGGACAAGGAAAAGAGGGAAGAGAAUGUCAGAAAUUCAUUCUGGAUUUAUGACAUAGUGAGGAAUAGUUGGUCUUGUGUCUAUAAAAAUGAUCAAGCUGCAAAGGAUAAUCCAAGUAAAAGUCUUCAAGAAGAAGAACCCUGUCCAAGAUUUGCCCAUCAGCUUGUAUAUGAUGAGUUACACAAGGUUCAUUACUUAUUUGGUGGGAAUCCAGGAAAAUCUUGCUCCCCAAAAAUGAGAUUAGAUGACUUCUGGUCACUGAAGUUGUGUAGGCCUUCAAAAGAUUACUUACUGAGGCAUUGCAAGUACCUCAUAAGAAAACACAGAUUUGAAGAAAAGGCCCAAAUGGAUCCUCUUAGUGCUCUGAAAUAUUUACAAAACGAUCUUUAUAUAACUGUGGAUCAUUCAGACCCAGAAGAGACAAAAGAGUUUCAGCUCCUUGCUUCAGCUCUAUUCAAAUCUGGUUCAGAUUUUACAGCUCUAGGCUUUUCAGAUGUGGAUCAUACCUAUGCUCAAAGAACUCAGCUCUUUGACACCUUAGUAAAUUUCUUUCCUGACAGCAUGACUCCUCCUAAAGGCAACCUGGUGGACCUCAUCACACUGUAACUGAAGAGUCACUGGACAGAAAUGGAGACCAGGAAUCUGCUUUCAGUAUUCUGGAUUUCAACUCUACUGACCGACAGGCCGCAGUGACUGAGGACUGCACCAGAAUCCCGAAGGGAUCUUUACCAUCACAAGUUCUAACCCUCUUUCUUCAUACCUGACCUCAGCCCCAUUCUCCUCAUCCCAUUCCUCAGUUAAGUUAAUAAUAAAGUGAAAUUGGUAUACUUUCCAUUUAAAUAUAUAUAUAUUUUUUACUUUAACUUUUAAAAAUUAACGAGUAUAAAAAAUAAUAAUCAGGUAGUUUACCCUUUCCUGAUUUUUAUUUCAUUUUUAUAAAAUUAGGGCAAGUAAGCACUAUUAACAGACCCAGUGCUAUAAGAAUUGGGAUUGUGUUGUUGGGUUGUGUGACCUUCUUCUUUCUCCUCCCUUCCCAUUUCACUUUGCCUUGCAUCACACAGCUGCUUGUAGGUGGUGUCACUUGUUUACCUCUUCAUUCUUAACAGUAUAUAGUUCUGUAGGGCAACUGAUGUAUGUUAAAGUGAUGUGUAUAUGUCUCUGUUGACUAGAGUCUUGUAUUCCAUUAAGCAAUAGGAGAAACAGAGGGCUCAAAUAUAUGUUCCUCUUCAUAGAACUGAAAAAUGAAACCCAAGAUUGGUCCAGGCACUUAUCUGAGAUUGGUCUGUAGUGUUUCUAUGGUGGAUAUUAUAAGCUUUGAGUCACAGAAACUUAAACAGAAGAGUAUCGUUCAGAACCUUUAAGAGCCAUUAUAAAAGUUACCAGCAGGAGGAUUCUAGAAGUGAUUAAUAUGUUCAUUGAUAUCUUUGUGGCAGUUUUGGAAGAAAAUGGCUUUCCUCUCUGAUAGAGCUGCACAGACCCAGGGCUUCCAUUACUUCCUGUGCUAUCAGUCCGUAGCGUUUUCAUUUGGGAGGAUGGGUGUCCAGAGCUCUGCUUUGUUGAUCCAGACACAUUGGCUCCGCACAUCUGCUUCUGCAUACUGAUAUUUUAAAGAAUGAUGGCGUGUAGUUGUCCAGUGGAAUACAACUGACAGGCAUUUCACUAAGCACAUAGACUAGGCUUUUUUAAAUGAAGGAAAAGAAAAAUGGUGCAAAUACUUUUUCAUUAAACUAAAAAAGAAAAAGGCAGAUAGGUUUGUCUAUUUUUUGUGGGGGAUGGAGAUAUUUAUUGUUCCAUGAGGUGCUAUGGAAUGCAAUAUAGGAAACCGACACCUGACCAGUGCUUAUUUCAUUUGCUCAAAAGUAUGCUGUGUUAAAAACAAGUUAUAUUAAAAAAAAAAAAAAAAAGUGUGCCGUGUGCAACUGAUACCCACCAUGCUUAAAGCAGACUAAGUAUAAUGAAUGUUCAUCAGUCCAAUGGCUCUUAAAAGUGAAUGACUUUAUGGAAUUCAGUAUGUACUUGAGUAGCAAGAUUAGGUCUCACCAAAGAAAGAGAAGAAAUUGAGUUGCACUUUUGAAAAGUCUCAUAUAUAGGAAUGAGACUUGGAGAUCCAUCUUCACUCUGUAUUGCAUGAUUUUACUUCUUUUGGGGAUGGACAGAAAUCUAUUUUUCCUAGUUCUAGGCUUGAAUCUUGGGCUUCUUAGCUUUCCAAGCUUCCCAAAGCAAUCAAUAUAGUGAUUUAUUAAACAAUUAGAUCUGUACCUUACCUUGUGAAAAAUAUAUAAUUUAGUAAGUACCAAAAUUUGUGUAGCUGCAGAAUAACCAAUUGACUUUACAGAUGAGCACAUAGAAUUUACUUAUAUACUUGUACAGUUUCAUAAAAUGAUUUUUCUGAGUGACAGUCUAGAACAGGGGUGGGCAAACUUUUUGACUCGAAGGCCACAAUGGGUUCUUAAACUGGACCGGAGGGCCGGAACAAAAGCAUGGAUGGAGUGUUUGUGUGAACUAAUAUAAAUUCAAAGUAAACAUCAUUACAUAAAAGGGUACAGUCUUUUUUUUUUUUUUUUAGUUUUAUUCAUUUCAAACGGGCCGGAUCCGGCCCGCGGGCCGUAGUUUGCCCACGGCUGGUCUAGAAUAUAAAAUAUUAAUAUCACUAAUAUGGUAGCCAAUUGAAUCUCAUUUUGUGUAAACAAGUACAAAUCAAAGAGUUGAUAGGGAAGAACUUGAACUUGAUAAGAGUUUCUAAAUUUAAAACCUUGAAUUUUGCUCUCUGUGAAUUCUGGCACUUUAAAAACAUUACCAAAUGAAGUUCUGCUGCCCUCCACGAUUUAUUUUUAUAUUGCUUUGUCAUUUUUUUCAUUCAUUUAGAUUCCAUAUUUGGAGGGAACUCAGUGACUUUUUUGUUCUUGUUUUUCCCUGAUAGUACCAGUAGUUUUGUUUUGUUACAUACGCUUAUUUUAAUUUUAUCUUUUACUUUAUUUAGGUGUGGGACUUUUCCUCUUUAUUUCUGAUUUUUUUUUCCCCCAAACAUGUUUAAAUGGGGUUGAAUGAUAGCAAACACUUUGAUGUUGCUUAAGUGAGAAACUGUUGAGAUUAUUGACAAGGUAAAUCAGAGUUUGUGUCAUGGGGCUUUACACUGCUGGUAACGAUUGUAGGAGAACGUAGGGCUUCAUUAUAUCCAUGCCCGAGAGUGACACAUUGCUCACGUUUCACAUCACUGUUUUGAAAUUUACUUAUAGAUGUAAUGAGUAACUACAUUUAUUUCCAAGAAUUCCAGCAGUAUAUUUAAUUUAAAUAAUCUAAUUUGGUAUUUAGAUACAUUGUUUAGCUAGCCAAGUAGCUGUUUUACUAUUUUUUAAAUCUUUCUAGUUUAGUAAACCUCAGAUUGAAACACCUGGUUUAUGCUAGUUAGUGGACUACAGUUUGUUCAGUUUUAUUAUCCCUAGCUUCAGCUUCGUUCCCAUUUCUCUUUUCUUCCAGCCAAAUGUAUUAUUCCAGAAUAAUAAACCAGAAAUAGUUUAUUUAAACUAGAAGUAAACUAGAUCUUCAUCAUUUUUAGUGCUUAUACUUCAUGAGAAAUUCUCUGACUUGCAAGGCACUUCUAAAAUUCAUCUGCAUUUUGUGGAAUGACAGAGACCUCAUGUGGCCAGCUUGAUUAAUUCAAAUGUAUCAAUCUCUUAUUCAAGCAAAGAAAUUUAGAUUUGAAUGUCUAACUUUGUGCUAAAGCUGACAGUAUUAACCUUUAGCAAGAUCUUUUUUUAAUAUAUUUUUAUUGAUUUCAAAGAGGAAGGGAGAAGGAGAGAAAGAAACAUCGAUGAUGAGAGAAACAUCAAUUUGCUGCCUCCUGCACGCCCCCUACUGGGGAUCGAGCCUGCAACCCGGGCAUGUGCCCUGACCGGGAAUUGAACUGUGACCUCCUGUUCAUAGGUCGACACUCAACCACUGAGCCACGCCAGCCAGGCAGCAAGAGCAUCUUUUUAAACAUGGUUUUCAUUUACAUUAAAAUUGGCCUAUGCAUGUCUAAUAAGUAAAAAGUGAUAGAGAACAUUAGAAAGUUAACUCUUUGGUUUAUCAUAGACCAGCUUGUUAGGUUCAGAGCUCAGUUACUUAAGAUUGUAAAACUAUUCUUGGGUGAAAUAUGUAUGUUGAAUAUAAGUGGUUGCCAGCUUAUCCUCCAGGGGGUCUUUUCACAUCUGCCUUAUAAAUGCUAUUUACAGAAACAUGAUCAGUUUUAUGUAAUAAAACAGUUUUAAAAUCUAACAUGCAAACAAAAGCUAGUUUGAGGCACUUAAUCAUUUAGUGAGGAAUGGAGAAUGAUGCUUAAUGGAUGAAAAAUCACUUAGAAAGGAGUAUGUUCCUGAUUUAUUCUCUGAAUUAUACUGUUUCAUGAGAAUUACAUGAGAAGUUACCCUGUAAUUAUUCCCACCACCAUAUGAAAUUCAUUGAGUAAUUGUGGGUCAUUGAUUAUUUCCUGAGUAAAUGUGUUAAUUCUUUAGCUGGUUGGAUGUUGCAAAGCAGUUGAGAAUUACGGAUUCAAGUGAAUUAUCUGGGGGCUGGGGUGUCCUUACAAUGUGUACUGCAAACAGUCACCUAGACAUAAAAAAAUGCACCCUUCAUAACCCUUCUUUUCUUAGAAACUGAUGUUCAUCUGCAAUGUCAUCCUUUUGUAGAUUCUGACCUGCGUUUUCGCCAAGUUUUAAAUUCUUAAAAUAGCCUUGAUCUGGGAUGUGCAGGCUUCCUCAGAAGAGGUUUAUAGGAGAAGUAUCAUAAAGGGUCUGCACAUGGCAAUGCUUGAGGAUUAGAUUUUUGGGGCUCUUUCACUCAAAGAUUAUUUUCUUUUUUUAAUCCUCACCCGAGGAUAUUUUUCCAUUGAUUUUUAGAGCGAGUGGAAAAGAGAGGGAAAGAGGGAGAACUAUCGAUGUGAGAUAAACACAUUGACUGGUUGCCUCCUGCACGAGCUCUGGCUGCAACCGAGGUACGUGCCCCUGACUAGAACCUGAGACCCUUCGGUCUGCAGGCCGACACUCUAUCCAGUGAGCAAAGCCAGGGCUUAAAAAUUCUUAAAGUCCUAAUUAGUCAAAUAACAUCCUUCUUUUGUGAUUUUUUUUUUUUUUUAACUCUGGGCUGUAUCUCCCUGUGCUUUGUAUUCAUGCUGAAAUGACUUGGCUAUCUUAAACUUCUAGUCUGCAGGUAUGUCAGUUGAAGGGAGAAGUUUCCAAGUUUGUUGAAAUAAUUAGACUACUAGAUCAGCUGAAUGAUGUUGUCAUUAUUUGUUUUGGCAGGAAGGACUCAUUGCAAUUUAUGGAUUUCUUCAUCAAGUGCUUUUCAUUUUUCUCAAAAAGUACUAUCUUAGAGAUUUUAUUUAUACAUAAUUUUAACCUUGAUUUCCUUCUACCCACUAAAUACUCUGAGUUGUGUUGUCAUUAUUUUUCUGACUAUUCUUGGCUCUUUUAGCCCUAGACUUUCUAGGUUUUAUAUGGCAUUGCUUACAGGUGUUGUGCUGCUUGUGAAAAAAAUGUCAUAAUCAUUCUGAGACAUCAUUUAUCCUUGUUUAUGACAACAGAAUAGUGAAAUUAACACUUGCACAUUAUUAAAGAAUUAAUGUUCAAAUAUUGCUAUAAAAAUGCUUUUCAUUUUCAUAUGGGCGAUAGUAAUAUGGUUAUGGCAGCUUUAAUGGAGGAGCCAGUGUUGGCUUCUUUUCCUGUCACUAGGAAGUUUACUCAUAAAGUUAUUGAUAAGGUAUAAGUUUCAUAGCAGAGCUUAUGGAAUUCACAUCACCAGCAUUUCCAUUUGCCUAUUGGCUUUCCUUUCUUUAUACUUUUUAGCCUUUUUCCCCUACUCCCAACUCCUCCGAGUAGCACUGAUUUUCUGCUGAAAUUGGAAUUUGUGUUAAGAAUUGACUUUUAAUUUCAAUAUAAUUGAGCAUUGGUAAUAGCUUUGAUUGCCAUGAAAUGAUUGGUAUUCAUUUUUUCUUAAAUAAAAGUAAUGCAGGCUUAGACAUGUCUCUUCCCCUCAACAAUGUGAAUUUAGUUCAAAUUCCAAAUGACUAAAUCUUAUUCCUAGUCAUAGCCAAUGAUAAAGUCCUCUGACAAUAGAUUCUAUGCCCUUAAGGAGUCAUGAGAGAUUAUAGUGAUACAGAUGUCCUAGUGGUGCAGAGAGAGGUGUCCUGUGGGAAAGCAUCCCUCACGUUAUAGACCUGAACUACAAAGGGUAGUUCUAGUUUCUCUUUCACAUUACAGUCAUUGUUUGGAAAUAAAGUUUGCAAAUACACUUUCAGGUCCUCAAACACUGGGUGGCUGGAUUUAAAACAGGAUGUUAUGUGGAUGUUAUCCAAGAGCUAUAGGGUCAACAACAAAAAUGAGGAGAAAUGUUUAGUAGGGAAUUAGACCAUUUGUAAGAUAUCAUUUAUAAUUGUGAAACAAUUUGUCUUUUUGUCUGUUGUUCACACCAUCUGAAUGAACUAUGAAACUUAUGUGUGCAGUGUUCUAUUUUGCCUGUCUGUGGCAUUUUCACUUGAGUCUUAGGAACAGAGCUAGAGAAGAGAAUGAGGAUAUGUUAGAAAAGAAAAAGGGAACUUUUAAACAAAUAUAUUCAUUUCAGAGAGGAAGGAUGAGGGAGAGAUAGAAACAUCAAAAUCAUCAAUAGGCUGCCUCCUGCAUGCCCCCUACUAGGGAUUGAGCCCACAAUCCGGGCAUGUGCUCUAGCCAGGAAUCCAACCAUGACCUCCUGGUUCAUGGGAUGCUGCUCAACCACUGGGCUACACCAGCCAGGUGGAACUUCUUUUUUUCCUUAUGGAUUUGAAGGUUCACAAAUCUAAAUGAAGAAGAAAGCUCUUCCUUUCUAGCCCUAGAUUAAUUUUAUUAAUGCAGUGUUGGAAAGAAGACUUAUCAAAAGGGAUCAAAGCUCAGUUAUUCUGAAUAGUCGUUGGAAAGCAGCAUUUCUUGGUUAGUUUCUUUUUUUCAUCUUCUCCCAAAUAGCUGUUAGUGAUCUUGAAACAAAAAAACCAAUGUAAUCCGGCCAGCGUCGCUCAGCAGUUGAGAGUUGGCCAUGAACCAGGAGGUCAUGGUUCGAUUCCCAGUCAGGGCACAUGCCCAAGGUUGUGGGGUCGAUCCCUGGUGGGGGGGUGCAGGAGGCAGCUGAUCAAUGAUUCUCAUCAUUGAUAUUUCUAUCUCUCUCUCCCUCUCCCUUCCUCUCUGAAAUCAAUAAAAAUAUAUUUUUAAAAACACAAUGUAAUGGGCCCUAGAUCUUAAACUAGGUGAGCAGUUUAUUAUGUACAGCUAGUUCCUAGAUAAGGGUCCAGCACCAAAACAUUUUAACAGGCAGUUUGGGGCUCCCCUGGGACUUGCUUUGCAUGGAGUUGAAGCUCUUGUUGAAACAGCUCUGACCAUCUGGGAUGCUAGCAUUCAGCGGUUAGGUAGUUUGGGUAUCUGCGCUGUCUGCCCCGUGUACACCGGCCUGAGGAGAUCACCACUCUUCAGUUUCAUCCAGGGCUUAAUGAAUGCCAAGUUAAUUGGCAGGAAGGGAAACAUUGACGAUCUACUAAACAGGCCUGUGUGCAUGAUUAAAGAGUUGCUCAAGUAGACAAUUUUGAGCUUUAUUUUUCUCCUUUGUUAACCAACCUCAAGAAAGCCUUUGUUCAGUUUAGUGUCAUUUGGUUAGUGUUUUUUUCAAACCCUUUAGGAAAAAUAUUGUCCUUUCAUGCUUAACUUAUAACCCAUACAAAAUUGAACUGACAUCAAUUUAGUUUCCAUGUUUUAAAAUAAAUUAAUUCUACAUAAUCCCAAAGGUCUCUGUUUAUUCUACUUGGCCAAGAAAUACAUACAUGAAUUCUGGGCUUGGCAUUAGAAGUAUUAAAUAACUGAUUUAUUCUUUAAGUUGCCUCCACAUCAGUAAAGUGUUAAUUAAAUUAGAGAAGGUAUCUAGAAUAAGGCUAAUGCUAUUGUUGCUGGCAGAGUCUUAUGAUUAUUUUGCAACAAAACAAGAGGAGAGGAUCUUAAUGCCAUCAGGGCCGUGCUAUCAGAUGUUUGCGGAUGCCUGUUCCAGCAUGCUGCCGGGAAUUACUGUCUUUACUUUCUUGGGACAAAGGGGAAAAGGGGGCUUUACACUAUUUUAAUUGCUUACUUUAGAAGUCCUAGGCUACUUUCAUCUUUUGAAGGCUUAGUUUAACUUUACACAUACACAAUAGCUAUACGUGUAAAAACACUGAAUACAACAUUAUAAGAUAUACUAAAGUAGUUGUCUAUCCAACCCCAAGUUUAAUAGUAGGAUAUGAAAGUCUAAAAGUUUAAGUAUGAAUAGUCUAUGGGGAAGAUAUAUAUAUAUUUAAGUCAUGUGUUGGUCUCCUUUUUUUUUUUUUUUUUUGUCCUUUCCCAGAAAUACUGUUUUGGUGACUAGCCAGUUGUAAACUGUGUUCUCCCUCAAUUGUAUACCACCCAUUUCUUUUUAUUGGAGAAAUAAAAGUGGACUUUCUUUCUUAAACAUUACAUUUAGCCUGGCCAAGAGGUGCUGUGAUUGUGUUAUUCUGUAAGCCAGCUUGCUUUUUUGACUUGUGCAAAAUGUCUUUUGAAAUGUAUAAAUUAGAUAAUAUAGUAUUAAUUUCCUUUAUUUUCAAUUUAGAAAUUGCAAUAUAGUGUGUUUUUCUAUGAGCAGAUUCUGUUAUAUAUAUAUAUGGACAUAUAUAGGUAUAUAUAUAUAUGGAUAUACAUAUAUAUAUGGAUAUUAAAUAGUUGGCCCUUGAACAACACACGUUUGAACUGCGCGGGUCUACUCAUAUGUGGAUUCUUUUCAAUAAAUACUGUAAAUAUAUUUUCUCUUCCUUAUGAUUUUCUUAAUAACAUUUUCUUCAGCUUAUUUGAUUGUAAGAAUACAGUGUCUGAUACAUAUAACAUACAAAAUAUGUGUUAGUUAAUCGGCUGCGUGUUUAUUGGUAAGGCUUCUGGUCAACAGUAGGCUGUUAGUAAUUAAGUUUUGGGGGAGUCAAAAGUUAUAUGUGGAUUUUCGAAAUGGAUAUCGACAGUGCAGGCGUUGAGGGUCCCUAAACCCCACCCCACCCCCAUUUUGUUCAAGGGUCAGCUGUGUAUAUUUUUCUUUUAAAGAGAUUUCUUCCCUGCUACCACUUCAAAAUCUAUGUGCUGUUGUGUCUACAGCCUCAGAAGAAAAGUACAGGAAAGCUAUGAUGAGGCCCUCCUUUUCCUGUCUUGGUCUUCAUCUUGGUAACAAACAUUAUCCCAUCUUUCAAAAUGGCAUGUGUUAAAGAUGUUUUUAAGUCAACUCUUUAACUACUUUUAUAAAUUAGAAGUACUCACUGGCCAGAAAUUAAGAUCCUUCCAUUUAUGGAUCCUCAAAGCCAAAGUUGGACUGGAAGUUAGAUUGAGAAGGAAGGUACAACUCCUUCCACGGCCAACAGAGCUGCUCUUUCUGGGCCUGCUUAGUAACGCUGUGAUAGGUAGCUCCUUCCCUCUGUCGCAGCGUCUCCCACAUCGGCAACACGGUGUCACCGCAACCUGCUCAUCUGAAAGCUGGAAAUUGUUAAAUAUCUUUUAUGAGACUUUUAAAUGAUAACAUUUGUUGAUGUUUGUGAUUAUAUACGUGUUUAUUAUCGAAACUUAGGACAUAAUUGUAAAGAAGGAAAACCACUAUAUAUUAGCCGAUGGGACUUAACUCAUUUUCUUUUUCCUGACUUCCAUAACCCAACAUGUUAGAGGACUGAAAAAUUAUUUUUAAAAAAUUGACACAGUCAUUCUCAUUGUCUUACCACAUGUGUGGAGCACUGGGAUGCGAGCAUUUGUGCCUACUCUUCUAUUCCUUUAAACAUUGUCUUUUUCUAGACAGUCUGGAAGUGAUUUUGUUGAUAUGUAUCUUUUAAGCCUAAAUGAUGGGUAUAAGUGUUACCCAGAAGCUGUAGAGAAAUGCCUUGUUCAGAUCAUUGGAAACUUCUAAGACUCAUUCCAAUUCUUCAGCUCUUUGUGCACCAUUAUGCACAUUGGGGCAUCUUCAUACCCACGAGAGCUUUCUGUUUCCAUGUAUUUUUAAAUAUGACCAUGGUUAAAUCCACACCCAAAAAGGAUGUACUUUCCAAAAGCCAAAGGAAACGCAGAGAAACGCAAAGCAAAAGGAAAACAGGCAGAAUGAACAUAAACGUAAAUAAGGAGUCCUUGAAACAAGCGUGCCCUUAAUCAUGCAUAAGCAAGCGUCUCUUCAGAACGUGUAUUUCUUUGCUCACAGCUAAGAUUCGGAAGUUUUGUAUUUCAUUUGAGACUCCUUUUCUUGGCCUGUGAAGGCGAUAACUGCUGCCUGUCAGGGCCCGACUCUUGUGUUCACCCUCUUCGGUGGCACAUGGGGCGUAGAGCUCUAUCCUGAGGUUCCUAAACCAGAAAUGGGAAUCUGAGGGAGCUCAGGAACAGCAGGCUGAGCUAGCAGUGGCUGUUAAACAGAAGUGCUUUGGGGCACCAGGUCUCUUCUAGCAUCAUCUUUGUUCCCCGUCAUUGCGGCGCCGGGUGGAGUGUUCUCAGUCUCCCGUCCCCAUCAUGAUCCUGUCGCUCAGUCUGUGUGGACAUUGUAGGCUUCGUUCUUUGGUCCAGUGACCUUCUGAUCCCAGGUUUGAUGAAUGUUUUCAACACUGCUUUGUGAAUAGUGAUCUGCUGAAUAAUUGCAAUUGUAGAAUUGUUGUAUGUAAUGUACAUAUGGAGAAAGAAUGUAUUUUGUUCAUUUUCUUAAUAAAAAGUUAUAUAUGGACAC